CGGUCCAAAGGCCAGAAAAAAAAAGUUUUUUUUUUUUAUUGUUGGGUGAAAUAUAAAAAAAAAUGAAUUUGUUCAAAUUCACUCGUUUCUUUUCUUUUAGUACACCUAGAAUAAUAAAAAUGGCUGCACCUCUCACUCACCCUUGUAUCGUUGACGGUUGGUUCAUGGAAAAGUCCACCAUGUGGCCCGGACAAGCCAUGUCUCUCAAGGUCGAAGAAAUUCUUCACGUUGAAAAGUCCAAGUACCAAGAUGUCCUUGUUUUCCAAUCAUCCAACUACGGUAACGUUUUGGUUCUUGAUAACGUUAUUCAAGCUACUGAGCGUGAUGAAUUCUCCUACCAAGAAAUGAUCACCCAUCUUGCCAUGAACUCUCACCCUUGUCCCAAGAAGGUUCUUGUGAUUGGUGGUGGUGAUGGUGGUGUCCUCCGUGAAGUUGUCAAGCACGAGUGUGUUGAAGAAGCUACUCUUGUUGAUAUUGAUGAGGCCGUUCCUCGUGUUUCCAAGAAGUACCUUCCCAACAUGGCUGUUGGUUUCGAACACCCUAAGGUUAAGGUUCACAUUGGUGAUGGUUUCGAGUUCUUGAAGGAUAAGGUCAACCAAUACGAUGUUAUCAUUACUGAUUCCUCUGAUCCCGAUGGUCCCGCUGAGUCUCUUUUCGGUCCUGAUUUCUUCCAACUCUUAAAGAACGCUCUUACCGAAAAGGGUGUCUUCUCCACUCAAGGUGAAUGUAUGUGGCUCCAUCUUCCUCUCAUCAGAAAGGUCAAGGACUUCUGUAAGAACCUCUACCCUCAAGUUGAGUAUGCUUACACCAGUAUCCCCACUUACCCCAGUGGUCAAAUUGGUCACAUCAUGUGCUCCAAGGAUGCUGACGCUAACCUCAGAGAACCCCUCCGUAGCUUCACCAAGGAACAAGAGGAUAAGCUCUGUCGUUACUACAACUCUGAUGUUCACAAGGCUGCUUUCGUCUUGCCUCAAUUCGCCAAGAAGGCUUUGUACGAAUAAAUUUUUUUCUUUUUCUCUUUGAUGAUUUAAAUAAUAAACAAAUUGCAUAUACAUCUUAUUCCCUACGCAUCCUUCAUUUAUUUACAAUUACUCUCAUUGACUCAAUUAUGACACGGGUCAACUUUAUGGAUGGUAAAAUUCUAAACGAUCUAAUCUUAACGCUAGUAGAUCUUGCCAUGACCAACUAUAGUUCAAGAGACCUAAAACAGACGAACGCAGGGAAACAAAGAAAACCCAUUGAAGCGGGACGUCAAGUUUAUG